GUUUGGAAUAAGCUGGAUCGGGUAGAAGCUGUGUAGUUUGAGUAGGUGAGAAGCAUUCCCUGAUCUCAAUCAUGUGUAUAACACUGAGUGGAGUGUUUGUAACAAUACUCUUUUCAAGCCAAUUGACAACUGCAGAGUCUGGCCUUGACACAAAAUAUGGGCAUUUUCAAGUGUUACAGAAACAAAACCAUCCGGGUUUAAGAAAGUGCGCUGAUGCCAUUAUGAAGAAGAAUGAGUAUGUUGGUGGACGUGUGUCUCAGCUGACAAGUGAAUGCCAUGGCUUAUCAUAUUCCUGGGGUUUGAAUCAAACAAUGAAGAGUGGAUAUGCAUAUUUGAAGAAGACGUUCGUCCAGGAAAACUUUCAACCAGCGCUCAAGGUUGAAUGUGAACCAGUAACAUGGACGAUUCCUGGUGUAUUUAGUCCUGGAGCAAAAUUGGAUGUGCUUAUCUCGUUGCCAGGUCAUGAUGCGUUCGGCGGAGGGGUAGUAUUUAUUCUGACAGAGACUAUUGGGGACUUCACAGACAAAAGUACCACACUGACGUUCAAACUUGAAGGUAGAUCAGCCUACCUUUCCGAAAACAACACCAAAAGAGACCUGUGUGCAGAUCCGCUUGGACAGAUCUAUAUCUGGCCUGUAUCAAAACUUGCAAAAGGAAUGUGUAAAAUUUCUUUUCUUGCCCACACUGACUCAGUUACGAUACUAGCUGAUGACGAAGUGUUCCACACGUACAGAUCAAAGCGUGUUCUGGACACCAAAAGGCAGAUCUCUAUUAACGAGUUGCCCACUAAAUCAGAUGUCUUUCUUCACCGUAUCCAAUUUACAGCAAACUGA